AUGCGUGCCAAUCCCAAUGCAAGGGAUCAAGAUUCAAAAUCCAAUAGCACGAAUACUAAGAGUUCGAGAAAUAUUAAUUCAUUCCAAGUGAGAGUUUCGGGUCCACAAUGUCCUUUAUGUCCAAGAGAGUUCCAUGUGAUUAGGAAGUGUCCUAAGUUCAUAGCAAUGGACAUUAAUCAGAGAAAGUCCGAGAUAAGGAAGCAAGGUCUGUGUUUGAACUGUUUUUCUAAAACUCAUCACGUUCGAAAUUGUACAAGCAAGAACACUUGUUUCCAGUGCCAGAGGAAGCAUAAUACUUUGCUUCAUGAGAGUUCCGCUAAUCCAGAGGCCAGUAACUCAAGAGUGCAGACUCCGGCAAAUACAAAUUCAGGUUUGAAUGCAAACUCCUCACCUUUCGCUCCUAGUCCUAUACAGUCCACUAGUUCUGGUACGGGAGUCGUUCAAACCUAUUUCUCUUCCAGUUCUCGUGGCGUUUUGCUGGGGACUGCUUUGGUUGAUGUGUUGCACUUGGGUGUUACGUACCAGGCACGAGUGCUUUUGGAUUCUGGGUCGCAGGGUACAUUCAUUUCAGAGAGACUUUUCAAUAGAUUGCAGCUCCCAUAUAGAAAAGUCAAUGCUCAGAUUUCUGGUCUGAAUGAUUCCAUGGCUGCUUCCGUUCGAAAGGAAUGUACUCUGCUUCUAUGUUCGAGAUAUGCAGAUGCUCAAAUUUCGGUUAAGGCCUUCGUUAUUACUAAUUUAUCUGGUGCCCUUCCAUCUCAUUCAAUACCCCCCUCCAUCUUCUCUCAGCUGCCCCAAUUCGAGCUGGCAGAUCCACUAUUUCACAGGAGUUCCAGUAUUGAUAUUCUGAUUGGUGGUGACUUCCUUCCUUCCAUCAUGCGGUCCGGCGUGAAGCAUGAUAUUUGUGGUUCCUUGAUGGGCCAAAAUACCAUCUUUGGAUGGAUUUUGACUGGCCCCAUUCCGAUCCAAUCUCCAUCUCCAUAUUCCAGAAUUAUUUCCAACUUUUGUGAAAUCUCUUUGGACAAAGAGAUUUCGAGAUUUUGGGAGGUGGAGAAUCUUCCAAGGAAGAACUUUGUGUCAGCAGCUGAUAGAUUUUGUGAGGAAUUGUUCGUUUCAACUACUAAGAGGGAUGAAGAUGGAAGGUACGUUGUUCAUCUUCCGUUCAAAAGAGAUUUUCCCAAGAGUAUAUCUCUAGGUAAUUCACGGACAAGUGCUAUGGCCCAAUUUUUGAGAAAUGAAGUCCGCCUCCUUCGCAAUCUUGCGUUCAAGGAUGAGUAUGAUUCCGUUAUCCAAGAGUACGCGAAUUUAAGCCACAUGUGUCAAGUUGAGACUUCUAGUUCUAUGGGAAGUGCGUCUCAUUACUACCUGCCGCACCAUGCGGUUAUAAAACCAGAGAGCACUACCACCAAAGUUCGGGUGGUUUUCAAUGCUUCUUCACCUUCCUCUAAUGGCGUGAGUCUUAAUGACACUUUGCAUACAGGUCCUGUGUUGCAGAGUGAUCUGACUGUGUUGAUUCUCAAGUGGCGAUUCUUUCGGUAUGUGUUCAAUGCCGACAUUCAAAAGAUGUACCGGCAGAUUAGAGUUCAUCCCAAUCACACACCGUUCCAAAGAGUUCUAUUUCGAAGAGAUCCAAGUGACGACGUUCAAGAUUUCGAGUUGAAGACUGUCACUUUCGGUGUGAAUUGUGCUCCAUACUUAGCUAUUCGCACUCUUUUCCAACUUGCUGAUGACGUUCAAUCCAGUCAUCCUAUUGCCAGUGAAAUACUUCGCAGUUCUAUGUACGUGGAUGAUGCCCUAGUGGGUGCACAUUCGCUGCAGAAGGCAAUGCAGUCUAAGGAGCAGUUGAUAUCCGCUUUGGCUUCGGCCGGCUUCCUCCUGAGAAAAUGGACAGCAAAUUCAAAGGAUAUUCUAGCAGGUCUUCCUUCCGAUCAUUUGCUGUGUGAAGAUUUUUUGGACUUCGACGACAGUAGCACAGCAAAAAUGCUAGGAAUUCGUUGGAAUGCUCGAUCCGAUUCGUUCUAUUUCACUACCAAGCCAUUCCCAGAUUCAUCCAGAGAUACUAAAAGAGAACUCCUUUCCCAGAUUUCAAAGCUUUUCGAUCCUGCUGGUUGGCUAUCGCCAUGUAUUGUGGUAGCAAAGAUUCUUAUGCAGAGGAUAUGGUCAGAGGGUACGGGCUGGGACGAGGUCGUUACCCCUGGCACACUUGCAAAGUGGAAAGAGUUUCAGACGUGUUAUUCGGCUAUAAAUGAAGUUCGAAUUCCGAGGUGGCUUCAUUAUGUUCCUUCCGCCGAUAUUCAAUUCCAUGGCUUCUGUGAUGCUUCAGAAAGGGCAUACGCAGCAGCUUUGUAUGUGCGAAUAGCUACAACUACUUCGGUCUCCACACAUUUGGUCUAUUCAAAGACAAGAGUGGCUCCUGUUAAGACAUUGUCCAUUCCGAGUGAUCCUAACGAUUUCGCUGCCUUAACUCCAGGUCAUUUCUUGAUUGGUACUCCCAUUCUUGCUCCGAUCGAUCCACGCAUUGAGGAGAGUCCUGUAUCGAUUUUGAACCGAUGGCAGAGACUUAAGGCUAUUCAUCAGAGUUUUUGCGUUCGAUGGAAGAACGAAUAUUUACGAGAACUACAAAAGCGAGUUAAAUGGCAAAGUUCAGAAAAGAAUAUAGAAGAGAACACACUAGUCGUUAUUCAAGAUGACAACCUUCCACCAAAUGUUUGGCGUCUAGGCAGAGUUUGCAAGACGUAUUUCGGCACUGAUCGCAGAGUUCGGGUUGCUGACGUGGUGACUCAGAAGGGCACCAUUACGCGACCCAUUACCAAGCUUGUCGUCAUUUCCUCUCCGAAUUAA